AAGCCUUGCGAAUCUGACCUCUUCUUUUCCCUGCAAUUAGCAAGUUCCCCCCCUAUCGCAAUAUGGCUUCCUCCCUCCUCAGCCUCUUGGGCCUCGGCCCCAGGAGAUCUGCGCCGCCAGUUGUGCCGACUGAUGAGGUCGUGCCGGUGCAUCUCUUUGACGACACGGCAACGCUGCGGCGCUAUACGUUGAUGUGGACCUUCAGGUUUGACGACGUUCUCGAUGCCGAUAAGCUGGGCAAUGCGCUCUCUGAGCUCUUCCAGAUGGAAGGAUGGCGGAAGCUAGGCGGUCGAAUUCGACGCAGGCCUGAUGGAUCGGCUGAGAUUCACAUCCCAUGCCCCUUCACAGAGGAGCGACCGCCGCUCUACUUCACAAAGGCGAGAUUCGACAUGCGCAUGUCCGAACACCCCGAGGCAUCCACGCUGCCGACUGCCCCAGAUAACUCGAAGCCGGCGACGUUCCCAAGUCCUCGCAACUAUCAGUCAUUGGGCCGUGGACCUGGAUCGCCAGCUUGUAUCGAUGACUACCUUUAUUCCGAUCUUCCGCAGUUUGCCCUUCACGUAGUCAACUUCACAGACGGGACAUUGGUCUCCAUCAACUUCAAUCACAUCGUCAGCGACCUCGCCGGCCUCAUGGCCAUCAUGAAUGCUUGGCAGCUCGUGCUGGCCGGAAAGCCGGAAGCGGUGCCUCCAUUCAAGGGCCUCUAUGAAGAUUCCAUGGCUGGUCUUCACAAGGCGCAGACAGCGGAAAAGUAUGUCCUGGCCGACAAGCAGCUUUCGGGGUGGAAGCUUGCGGCAUUCGGACUGCGGCUCGUGUUUGAUUACUGGUGGAACUCCCCGAUCGAUUCGAGGCUGGUUUGCGUCCCCAAGAAGACGAUGGAUGCUCUUGUUCGGGCGGCUCAAGACCAGGUGCCACAGUCUGUGGACACCAGCAGCAAUGGAAAUCCGGCUCGAUUCAUUAGUGAGAAUGACAUUGUUGUAGCGUUGGUCACAAAGGUAGUCGCUCAGAACUUACCCCCCAACCGCCCCAUUACCGUCCUGCAGGCUGUUGAUCCUCGCAGCCGCGUCAAGUCAGUUUUCGACCAAAACGCCGCCUAUGUUUGCAAUGCUCCUGCUGCCGCCUUUCUCUUGUGCAGCAGCCAGGAGGCAGUAGACAAGAGCAUCGGCGAACUGGCGCUUGACGGGCGAAAGGCAAUUCAGUCGCAGGUCACGGAAGAGCAAAUGAAGGCUGUAGCCGUGAUAGCAGGCAAAUCCAUGGCGAACACCGGGAAUCCCCCCAUAUUUGGGGAGAGCAAUAUGGCCUUGGUGGUGUCUUCCAACUGGAGCAAAGCCAAGUUUCUGGAAAAGGUGGACUUUAGUCCGGCAAUCGUCGAGAGCUCGCAGAGGGAUCGCCCUAGGGGGAAGCCGGGCCAUCCAGUUUAUUACCAUUCUCAGAGCUUAGAGAAGGGCAGCUUGACUACAAACGUUGUCAUCAUCAUGGGCAGAGACCUAGAAGGGAAUUUCUGGAUGAAUUGUGCUCAACCAGCCCAUGUCUGGCCAGUGCUGCUAGGACUGCUGGAGAAGUAUGCAUAGGUUCUAUGGUUUGACAGCUCACAGCCUGCUGCUCAGUGUAGGUAUUUGCUGCCAUGAUUUCGUGUUAUUAAAUGGCGUCUUUCUGAUCUAUUAAAUGUCUAUAAAAUAUCUAAAAAUACAAAAGAAUGGGCAUGGCCAUCACAGCUGCUACCAAGUAGAGGCUGGCAGUGGCCAUGCCGGCUCCAUUCUUGGAGGAUCCAGUCUUGGUAGGGCUAGCAGUAGUGGUGCUUCCUUGUGCAGGGCUUCCAGUCUUAGCUGGUGCGUCGCCAGAACCCGUGGACUGUGAGCUAUCAGAGCCAGAGUUAGAACCGGAUCCAGAACCAGAGCCGGAGCCGGAGCCAGAGCCAGAGCCAGAGCUGGAAUCCUUG